AUGGUUCUCCAGGAUCUUGGGCGGCGUAUCAACUCCGCCGUCAAUGACCUAACGAGGUCUAACAACCUCGACGAGAAGGCAUUUGAUGACAUGCUCAAAGAGAUCUGUGCUGCCCUUCUCUCCGCCGAUGUGAACGUUCUGUCAACUUCUCCUCCUCUCCCCGCCGCCGUCAACAAGAAGCGUCUGAUUCAGAAGACCGUUUUCGAUGAGCUGGUGGCAUUGGUCGAUCCUCAUGCGCAGCCCUUCCGCCCCAAGAAGGGUCGUCCUAAUGUGAUCAUGUUCGUCGGUCUUCAGGGUGCGGGUAAGACUACUACCUGUACCAAGUUGGCUCGCCACUACCAGACCCGUGGCUUCAAGACGGCAUUGGUCUGCGCGGAUACCUUCCGUGCUGGUGCCUUUGACCAGCUCAAGCAGAAUGCCACCAAGGCCAAGAUUCCAUACUACGGUAGCUUGACCCAGACCGAUCCUGCUAUUGUGGCAGCUGAGGGUGUGGCCAAGUUCAAGAAGGAGCGUUUCGAUAUUAUCAUCGUGGAUACUAGUGGUCGUCACCGUCAGGAGGAGGAGCUGUUCACCGAGAUGACCCAGAUUCAAACUGCCGUUACUCCCGACCAGACUAUCCUAGUUCUUGACGGUACCAUUGGUCAGGCUGCAGAGUCCCAGUCGGCUGCUUUCAAGGCCACUGCCGACUUUGGUGCCAUUAUCAUUACCAAGACCGACGGUCACGCCGCUGGUGGUGGUGCCAUCUCUGCCGUUGCUGCCACGCACACCCCUAUCAUUUUCCUCGGCACCGGUGAGCACAUGAUGGAUUUGGAACGAUUCGAGCCCCGCGCAUUCGUGCAGAAGCUGCUGGGUAUGGGCGAUGUCGCCAGUCUUGUCGAGCACGUCCAAGCCAUCACCAAGGACUCCAGCUCUGCCAAGGAAACCUACAAGCACAUCGCCGAGGGUAUCUAUACUAUUCGCGAUUUCCGCGAGAACAUUACUUCCAUCAUGAAGAUGGGCCCUCUGUCUAAAUUGUCUGGCAUGAUCCCCGGUCUUUCCAACUUGACCCAGGGACUGGACGAUGAGGACGGUUCCAUGAAGCUCCGCCGCAUGAUCUACAUCUUUGACAGUAUGACUGCCGCCGAGUUGGACAGCGAUGGCAAGACCUUUGUCGACCAGCCUAGCCGCAUGGUUCGCAUUGCUCACGGUAGUGGUACCACCGUUCGCGAAGUCGAAGACCUUCUCUCCCAGCACCGUAUGAUGGCCGGUAUGGCCAAGCGGGUUGGUGGCCAGAAGAAGCAGAUGCAGCGCGCACAGAACAUGCUUAAGGGCGGCAACAACCAGCAGCAGCUCGCCGCCAUGCAGAAGCGUAUGGCUGCGAUGGGUGGCGCUGGUGGAAUGGGUGGCAUGCCCGGUAUGGGCGAUAUGGCCAAGAUGAUGCAGAUGAUGGGUGGCAGCCAGGGCGGUGGUGGUAUGCCCGGCCUUGGAGGUAUGGACCUGCAAAGUAUGAUGAGCCAGAUGGGCGGGUUGAUGGGUGGUUUGGGUGGAAUGGGAGGUAUGGGAGGUGGCGGUGGUGGCCGCGGCCGCGGACGGUAG